AUGAGUAAAGGUUCCUGCACGCCGGAGGCAUCUCCGAGCUCCGGCGCGCUAAGUCGAUGUCUGAGUCGAUCGGCAUCGAGAAGAGCUAACAGAUGCAGGUUCUAUCGAAACGGAGAUACUCAUUAUGGCGGGUAUCAGCUUCCUGUCUCGCUGGAGCGAUAUGGGAACAUAGGAAACCUGUACAACGAGCUAACUUCUCAGCUUGCUUCAUCUUCGCUUCCUUCAGGAGUUCGCGCCAUUUACAAUCUUAACGGGGAAGAGAUCUUGUCGCUCAACGAGAUUUGUCAAGGCGGCUCAUUUGUCGCUGCCGGAAAAGAGCCCUUCAAAAACUGCGAUUAUCUUCAAAUAUUCUCUUCAUGUACACGACAAACGAAUCCCAGAGCACGGGCUUUGUUCAAAUCCAUGUCAUACUCCACAAAGUCACCAAACUCUCGUUUGGGCGCGUCAGAAUUCGUCAGACCUAGAAUCAUAUUCAUUCUAUCGCAUGGCAAUCGGCCACGAAAAGUGUGCCGUUUCGUUUUGAAUAAAAAAACUGCUCACUCGCUCGAAGAUGUAAAGGACAAAAUCUCCGAAGCAGUUGAUUUUGCUGUUCGAAAGCUUGUAGCUGUCCCUACUGGGCUGUCAGUUUCGAAGCUCGAAGACCUUUUCGAUACAGCGUACACCUUCAUAGCUUGCCCAUCAAUGAGAACCAAAAUUCUUCCACGAGAUCUGAAGCUUCACAAAGACGAAAUCAAAGCGUUACCAAAUCGUCAUUCUAGCAACCAGAAGAGUCGAGUCCAGCGUAAAUCAAGCCUGUGUGAAUUCAAUACUGGCUCUCUCACCCGCAAUAAUUCAGAAUAUGGCUCCUUUAUGUGGCCGAAGAGCAUACGGACACAGUUUUUAAUGGGCGAAAAACUUGGUGACGGUCAUUUCGCGGAGGUCCGCCGUGCAGUGAACAAACGAAAUCACGAAGAAGUGGCUAUUAAAGUGAUCGAAAUUCAAAACAGGAGAAUAGCUGAGCAAGAGAUCAAAAUUAUGAAACGCAUCUGUCAUCCUAACGUCGUCAAACUGUUGGAAGAUCAUCAAACUAAACAUCACAUUUACCUGAUACUCGAGCUCAUCACUGGCGGCGAUCUGUACGACUUCAUCACUCAGUCAGAAAUCUAUUGUCAAUACCAAGCAUGUCAAUUUACGUACAAUUUGGCGAACGCUCUUCAUUACCUCCAUAGCUUCCGAAUAGUUCACAGAGACAUCAAGCCCGAGAACUUGCUGGUGCAUUAUUACUCCGAUGGCAGCAAGCGACUGAAACUCUGCGAUUUUGGCCUUGCUACUGUGAAAAGUCAAUAUGAAAAGCUUGUGCAGCUGUGUGGCACCCCCACUUAUGCUGCACCGGAAAUGAUAACUGGUAGAGGUUACGAUGAAGGCGUUGACGUUUGGGCACUGGGUGUCAUCACCUAUAUUAUGCUUUGUGGAUUCAGCCCGUUUCUUUCCGACAGUGGAAAUGAGCAAGAAUUGUUUCAUAUCAUUUUGAAUGGAAGUUUUGAAUUCCCAUCGCCUUACUGGGACGAAGUCGACAUGGACGCCCAAGAUUUCAUUAUACUGACUCUUCAAAAAGACUGUGACACGCGGCCUUCCGCCAAAGAGCUACUUAAUCAUAAAUGGCUUAAUAGAAACGGAUAG